UUACCGAUAACAUUGCUGGUAAAAGUACCAUCCCUAGGCCUUCGCCACACGUGUGUUUACGUUUUGAAAAGAGAUUUUGGCAUGGAUUUUGCCAAGAAAAUACUUAGCAAGUAUGGCUGGAAGGAGGGCGAGGGAUUGGGCAAGAACAACACCGGCAUUGCCGCUCCCCUUAAGGCCAGCUUGAAGUUCGACAACGCUGGCUUGGGAGUGGAUCGAGCCCAGGAAUUCAAUGACCACUGGUGGGAGCGUUGUUUCAACGAAGCGGCCAGCAACGUAGAUGUCCAGGUGCAGCAGAAUGGCAAGAUCACCACCGGCCGCAAGGAGGGCGAGGAUGCCGUGGAAAUAUCCACCAAGGCGUUCUCCGCCCGCAAGCUAAAGAACGCGAAGGAGCAGCACGCCAGCGAUGGCAAAUCGACCUACGACAACUUCCUGCAAACGGCUUUGCUCACCCAAGGUGGCGGUGAGGUGGAGAAUACGGAGCGAAUUCGGGUGGAGGACAUAGCGGUGACCAAGGUGAGCGUACUGACGGACGAGGAGCUGUUUAAGGCCUGCGGUGGAAGGACAGCGCACAAGGGAGCUCGGCACGGUCUCAAGCUGAGUGGAAAGAUUGCCCGCUUGGAGCAGCAGGAGCGCGAGUUGCUGGAGAAGAUGCAGAGCAAACUGAAAGCUGCGGAGGAGCAAGCAACAGCUCCAAAACAGAAGAAACGGAAGGAUGUAAGUGAAAGAGAGUCCACUGAGGAGAACUUAGAACCGCAAGAGGAUAAUGAGGACACAUCCGAGGUGGCGGCACCUUCAAAGUCCAAAAAGAAGAAAAAGGAUAAAGCAGAAAAGUUGAAAGAGAAAGAAGAGCAAACGGAGGAUUUGCCUGUAAAAUCAAAAAAGAAAAAGAACAAAGCUGAGAAAGUGUUUGAGGAAGAAUCUACUGUAAAUAUAUCUGAUGAGGAAGUGAAGUCUAAAAAGAAACGAAAGAUGCAGGAUACUAUGGAGGAAGCCGAACUGCCCGUUAAAUCAAAAAAGAAGAAAAAGAACAAGGAGGCAAAGGAACAGUAGUUAUGAGUUAGGCGUAGUAUAUGUUAGAAAAAUGUAAAUUAUUAAGAAAAUAAAAGUAUAUAGAAAAUGAA